UGUUUAUAUAUUUAUACUGGACACACAUCUUACAUCAAUUCAUGCACGACUGUUGACUUUAAUGUGCACCAGUGCAGUCCAACUCUGAAUUCGCUGUUAUAAUAGUUUGAUGCUACGCUCGAAUGCGCAUGUGCGAAAAGGUGGCUUGUUUAACAACACAGGUUCGAACGUGUUUUGUCCGCGGAACUUUCGAGGAUUGCUGACGCAUGUAAGGCAGUAAACCAACGCUUCAAAUUGCCAGACUUCAUAAAUACAAGCUAUCUGAUAUAACAUGGGUGGCAGACAUUCAAGGCAUUGGGGUGGUUGGGAUGAAGAUUGGGAUAACGAUAAUUGGCACGAUUAUGACUAUCUGGUGGAACAUGCAAAGAGCGGUCGUUCAAAGUGUCGAUUUUGUCAUCUACCGAUAAAAAAUUCGAGUCUGAGAUUCACCACCAUUAUUCCGACCCGUCUUUUUCGUGAGAGGACAUCUGGUUGGUAUCACUUUGAUUGCUUUUUCAAAGAACAAAACCCAAGCUCUGUCGAUGAAAUAGGUAAUUUCCAUGAGCUUUGCGACGAGGAUCAAAGUGCAAUUCAAAAGAAAAUUGAAGAACAUAAUAACACACCUCCAACAAUAGGAAGAAAAAGAACAAUCAGUUACAGCGAUGGUAGAUAUAGUGAUUUCAGAGUAGAAUAUGCCAAGUCGAGUAGGUCUAUGUGUAUGGGAUGCCUAAGAUACAUAACAAAAGGUCAAACGAGAAUAUCAAAGAAGGAUCAUAAAAGUAGAAAAGCUAAGAGAUUAGGUGGCUUGGAGAGAUGGCAUCAUGUGGAGUGCUUUGCAAAAUUCAGAGCAGAUAUAGGAUAUUAUGGGAGUGGGGAUGAACUUCCAGGUGCUGCACAGCUUUCUAAAGAAGAUCAACAAAGUCUAAAAGUUUUACUGCCCAGAGUGCCUCGGGAUUACGCGCCAUCACCUCCUAAAAGGAUGAAUUAUUCACCUGAAGAUAUAAAGAAGGAAAUGUUGAUGAAACAGCAAAAUGAAGAGCUGUAUGCUUUAAAAGAUCGAAUAUCGAACCUUGAAAUGCAAGAUAUGACUGCGCUGUUGGAAGAAAAUCAUCAAGAGAUUCCAUCUGGCACAUCAAAUAUUAUAAGUCGUUUAUCUGAUAUAUUAUACUUUGGAGCUUUACAACCUUGUCCACAGUGCAAAGGACAACUCGAAUACAAUUUUGGUUUGGGUUACAAAUGCACUGGUAAUAUAACAGAAUGGAUUAAAUGCGAUUAUGUUACACAGGAUCCAAAAAGAGAAGAGUGUGUAAUACCGAAUGAAAUAAUGAAAAAAUCCCCACUUAGAUCGUACAAGCCCGAAGUAAAGAAACGAUUGUUUAAAACAACGGCAUCGCCGUCGUCAAGUUUUAUUCUUAACGAAGAACCAAUAGUAUUAGAUGAUUGAAUAGGAAAAAGGAUGAAGCAGAUGAAUACAGAUGAAAGUAUAAAAACCAUAACUUUUGAAGAAUAUAAAGUUGUUGAACCAUAUAUAGAGAUAAAGAGUAAUUGAAAAAUUUUAUUGUUGGGUAGUAAUUGUUAGCCCAAAGAUCCAUGAAAAUUGAUUGCUGUAACUUCGAAUCAGAAUGAAGUGGACCAAAUGAAUAAAAAAAUGGAAAAAGUUAAAUCGCAAUGACAUUCAAAUAACAACAGAUUUUAUAUUAGAUUUUUUUAAUGUCAUUGCAAAAUUCAAUAUCAAAAAGUAAAAGCCGAUUUGAGUUUUUUGGAAAAAUGAAGGUAAAGACAAAUGAUUUUGUCAUGAUUGUAUUAAAAAGGCAAAGAUAAGUACACCGUGA